UCAUCACCAAACCAUCUCUAUCUCUCUCUAUAUUCAUCUUUCUUAUUCGAAACUUCUCCUUCAUACUCAAAAAUGAAGAACAAGUUCAUAAAAUCGUGCGAAAACAAAUUCAAAAUCAUAAAGAGCAAAUCCAUAGUCCUACCUUGUUGUACAUCUUCAUGCGAGAGUUGCUGCGACAAGGUUUCUUGGGGGUUCAAGAAGGAAAAUGAAGUCAUACCUAAAGAUGUUCCAAGAGGACAUUUGGUAGUGUAUGUUGGUGAUGAUUACAAGAGGUUUGUGAUAAAGAUGAGUUUGCUUACACAUCCAAUCUUUAAAGCAUUGCUUGAUCAAGCUCAAGAUGCUUAUAACUCAUCAAGACUAUGGAUUCCAUGUGAUGAGAACACUUUCCUUGACGUUGUUCGUUGCAGUGGCGCUCCUCAGCAUCAGAGAAACUGCAUUGGCAUGUAAUGUUAAGAAGGGAGGAUUCAAAAGACAUAUUCAUUUGAUUUUGAUUCAUCUUCUCCAGAGCGAAUUAAUGUCGAUUAUUAAUUUAGAUAAUGUUGUACACUAAUUAAGUAAGAGUUCUCGUAAUACAAGUAAUCAUGUAUCGUACGUAUUAAAAGUGAGUGUUCACU